AUGCCAUCCGACGAAGGCUACUCACUCAACCCCAUCACGCUGGGCUUCCAGCUGUGGCAGGGCGCCAUCGACCGAUUCCUGUCCCCGGCCGCUCCGGAUCCGAACAAGAAGCUGCGCCGGCCCAAGGUGGCCAUCAUCGGCGCCGGCAUCACCGGCGUGACGGCUGCGGCGCACUGCGUCGGGCACGGCUUUGAUGUCGUCCUCUUUGAGGCCGGCGGGCCCGACCACCUCGGCGGCAUUUGGAGCCAAGUCAACGACACGUCGGGUCUCCAGAUCCACUCCGCCAUGUACCGCUUCCAUCCGUCCGUGCGCUGGCGGCGCGGGUAUCCCAGCCGCGCCGAGAUUGUGGACCAGGUGAAGAAGCUGUGGGAGCGGUACAACCUGCGGUCCAAGACGCGGUACCAUGUGACGGUGGACAAGGUGUACCAGGACGAGAACGGCCGCUGGGUGAUAAACAGCCCGGACAACGGCCUGUUUGAAGGCGUCAUCGUCGCCAUUGGCACGUGCGGCGAGCCCAAGAAGCCACACAUUGAGGGCAUGGAGUCGUUCAAGGGCGACAUCUACCACUCGAGCGAGCUGACGGGCAAGUCGGCCGAGGGCAAGCGCAUUGCCAUUAUCGGCGGCGGCGCCAGCGCGGUCGAGGCGCUCGAGUUUGCCGGCAAGACAAAGGCCGAGAAGACGUACGUGCUCGCGCGCAGCGAGAAGUGGAUCAUCCCGCGCAACAUUGUCGUCGACGUGCUGCUGUCGUUCAACAUCCUGGGCCAGGAGACGGUGUUCUCGCGGAUCCCCGAGAGCCUGCUCCGCCGCUUCUUCUACGGCAAGGACCUGGCCAAGAUUGCGCCGCCCGAGAACAAGGGCCUCUUUAUGGAUACGCCCAUGGUCAACUCGGACGUCAUGGACAACCUGCGCGCCGGCACCGCCCAGUGGGUGCGCUGCGACAUUGAAAAGUUUUCGGAGACGGGCGUCGUGGUCAACCGCCGUGGCCAGGGCGUGCCCAAGAACGGCCCCGGCCACCGCGAGGAGAUUGACGCCGACAUUGUUGUGCUGGCGACGGGCUUCAAGCGCCCGUCCCUUUCCAUUUUGCCAGAGGACUGCUUCGACGAGCCGUACGACCCGCCAAACUGGUAUCUCCAGACGUUCCCGCCGACGCAUCCCUCGAUCUCGGCCAUCAACUGCACGUACCUCGCCGCCAUCGGCACUGUCGGCAACUGGCACAUUGGCAUCUACACCCGGAUCCUGCUCAUGUUCCUGGUCGACCCCCUGACCCGUCCCUCGCCGUUCUGGAUGGAGCGCUGGAUCGACAUGACGCGCGUCCUCAAGCAGUGGUCGCCGACCAAGGCCUUUGAUUUCUUUACCUAUCUGGAGCUGAUCUGGUGGUUCGUCUUCUGCAUCGCCUUCAACCCUUUCCGCUGGAAGUGGGCUAUUUUUGUCUUCUUUGGCAUCGGCAUCGGCCUGCCGCGGGCCACGAUCGAGAUGGAGAGCGGCAUUCGUGACACGGUCGGCAUUACGGAGAAAAAGGGAACCGGACGCGAUCAGGGAAUAAGCUUCUAG